UUCUCAAUCACAAACUUCGUAUAAAUGCGCGAUAAUGAGAUCUCAGAUGGUCGCUAUUGAUGGAAAUGGAAGGCAGAGCAUUAUUAAACAACCAUUAACGAUAGCCACAGAAGAUUAUGAAAACAUGGAACAGCUAACGGAAAUGAGCCCUGAUCACCCGCCAAACACAAUCCAUUCAACCAUGUUUCUUCUGUUCUUCUGACACAGAAUCUCAUCCGAGGCCAUCUCUCUACCCACCUCGAAGAAGAGAUCGUCCAGCGAAACAAUGGCGGAUGACGAUGAGGCAGCCAAAGGAAGGCCGCGAAACAAUGCCUUCGUGCUCUCGACAUUGUUCCGAAUAACGGGAUCUCUCGUAACCAUGGCGGUCCUCCUGUUUGCAAUUCGAACCGGUUUCGAACUGGCAAGAGGUUCGAGAAGGAGGUAUGCCACCUACGCCGACUGGGCUUUCCAUAUCGGAGUUCUGACCAUGGUUCUUGGCAUCUUGUUCCUGGUGGUCGGCCUGCCGAUACUGGCAGACUUGUUCAUGAACCUCUCGGAACAGAUGCAGAAAGAAGCUGGGAUUCAAAAAGGGACAGAGACGCAGGCAAUCUCAAGGGCAAGCGCUCAGAUCAUCAGUAUCAUUACUAUCCUGUCUAUGCUAUGGUGGGUCAUUUACACGGGGUUUAAGCUAGCAUCUGAACAUAGAAGAGACAACAAAUACUACUGGCUAACAAUCUCCAUUGGGGUGACCACAGUAACAUUCGGUUUCGUGUAUUUCAUCAUUGGGCUAGGGAUACUAGUGGAUCAAGUGAUAGACUUAUCAGCUCAAGUGCAGCAGCGGAAGAAGAAGAGAAUGAAACACCAUUAUCAAGGUUAAACCAAGGGAUCCAACCCCUUUCCAGGAUUAUAAGGGCACCAAUGAUACAACUAUUCCAUUGUGAUUCAUUACUGAACGAGGCCCUAAUUUUACUUGGGAGGGUUAAGCUCCACCGUUGUCAGAUACAUAUAAAUAUGCCUUCCCGUGCUUAAAGCUGAAAAUUCAAUUUCAAUACUGCAUAGCUUGAGAUUCAAUUCAUUCUGCCCAGGGUAUUAUCUACAUUCUAGAGCAAUAACUUCAAGUUGACAGAACGCCACAUUCUUAACGCACUACGAAGGCCGCAACCUGAAAACCAGGCAGAUCAACUAUUCAUGCCAUGCGUUCUUGCCUUGCCUGCAUAAUUCCCAUAACUAAAUGGCAAUCAAGGUUCCUUACUCAGAAGUCCUAGUUAAGAUACCUCGCCCCUCUGGUUAAGUCCUUCCAUGGAGAUGAGAAACUCGAUCACUACUAGUACUAGCAGAAAGAAUCCAUUCACAGCCUAUGACGCAAACAGAGGAACUGAGAUGUUCACUCAUCUAAAUCAAAAAUAGACCAAUUUUCACGGCCGCAAGAAAAAGCACACAGCUUUAUUUUGAGCAACAUAACAAAAAGUGCACAUUCCACAUUCAAAGAUCAAAACCCUAACAGGGUUCAUACUUUACGAACAGAGCAAAAUCUGAAAACCUAAUUGCGUAUAAAAUCCGAAACAGGAAAGCAUCGAUUUUUUUUUUUUUUUCAGAUGAGCUUGAAGGGGAGGGGCCAAGGAGUGGACCUGGGGAGCUCAUUUUUGUCCUUGAUCCGUUCAAUCUUCUUGUCCUUCUUCGGCCUCGAGUUCCCGUACGAGCCGAUGAAUAUCUUCCCUUUCUUCGUCUUCUUGUCCCCUCGGCCGCACUGAAUCGGCAACCCUAACACUGAAUAGGGGAUGGACGAUGCUAAAGAAGAAGAAGAUGGUGACAGUGAAGAAAAUGAAGAUGAAGGCUGCUGCUGAGUCGCCGCCGCCAGAGUUCGCCUCGCUGCCCCGCCGCACCGCUGCAUCGCCGUCGCCAUCGCCAUGAAUUGUUCCUCUUUGGUUUCAAAG